AGAUCUCCUGUGUAGACUUUGCUUGCUGCAUUCAAGUCAUGAUUGAUGAAGACAGAUUUAUGCACACGAGUAAACAAGUCGUGAUCUAAGCUAAAUAUAAUUAUGAUACUGGGACUAUGAGUGUAAUACUCAAUAGUCUGAGUUUGAGCGAUGAAAUUAUUGUUGAACAAACACAUCACCUAAGCAUCUACUCACCAGUAAAUACAUCGGUUAUGACAGAAGAAAAGCUAGACUCAAGCAAUGAGACCGGAUCACAUUGCGGUCGUGGGGAUUUAACUGGAGUACUUGGCUUGUUUGUUCAAGCUUUACUUGCCUUACUUGCCUUUACAUCUUUAAUAGGUUGGUUGUUGUUCAUUCUUUGAGUAUUUUUUAUAUAAAAAUAGUUACAUAUCAAUGUCUAAGCUGAAAUUAUGUUUAAACCAGGAUGCUUAAAUCUGUGGGAUGAAACUUUAGUACACCGAGAUGUUAAUGUUACCUUAAACAUUAAUAAAUAUAAAAAAAAUUCCUCUCGUACACUAAAUUACAAAAUAUGCAUAUGUUGAAACAAUCUAUUAAAGUGGUACAGAAUACAACUCUUUUAGUUUUUUUAAUUUAUUUAUUUCAGUAAAGAGAUAUUGUGAACCUAAACCAUCUAGAAGACCCUGGAUGAUAUGGUAAUAUAUUUUCACUUUCUUGCCUAAUAAAGAUAAUAUAAAUUUUUGUGUUUUGCACAUAGGUGGCCAGUAAUUCCAAUUUCAUUAAGCUAUUUUUAUAGCUGGUCAACUUUCAGGGAACUUAUUUAAAUCCCACAGCCUUAAUGACUCCGUACCAACUGGCUGACAAGAUUCCAAAUGAAUUUGAACCCACCAUCGAGGAGAGCUUUACCAUUAUUCCUCAGGGUUGCCAAAUAAAUAUAUGAAGCAGAGGAUAUUUAAGAUUAAAGUCCUACAUAUCACUUUAUAUUUUAAACAUAUUCAGGUGAUGGAGAUAUUUUUUCUACAUUUAGUUUUUUUUUUAAUUUGAUAUUACAAUAUAAUUUAUAUUUUUAGUAAAUUCAUACAAACUCGUACAUUUUUCUAAGUGUAUUUCAUUAACUGGAUAUUAAAAAACUGUGAGUAGAUAGAAGUUUUUUAAAUUACUAAAUGAACUGUAGAAUAACUAUUGCUGAUAUUAGGAAUCAGGAAUACUUGGAUGAAACUAGUAAUAAAAAUUAUGUGAUUUUGAAUUAGUCCAAAAAAUCAUGUCUGGAAGUUCAAUUAUACAAUUAGGUCUUGAAGUUCAAUUAUUCAACAGUUUCAUGUUUCUCUUUUUCACUGCUAAUUUAGUUUAUUGCAUUGUAACCUUAAUGUUGAAACUAUUUAUGAUUUUUAAGGUUCUUUGAUACUUCAAAACAAGGUGUUGGUGCUGCUGUUCUGCACUUUGCCAACUUGUUUCUGUCUGAUGUCUUUCAGGGAGAUCCUUGCACUUGGUAACCAAAUUAUCACUUUUUCAUUUAAAUAAUAAAUAAUUUCUUUAGAGAGGGGGGGGGUGGCUGGAAGUGAAACGUAUCUGCGGAAUGGCGGCUGCAAUUAGUCAUAGAACCCCAAACUUUUUUGUUGUUGUAGGAUUUACUCUCCCCAUUGCUAUAUAUUAUUACUUAAAUAUAACUUAUUUUGUACCAUAUAAAAAAUAUUUAUUUAAUAAAAACCUUAAAGAUAAUUUAGUUUUUUUUACUGUUGUUUUUAAUGAAUUCUUCUGAUAAAUUAACUCAUUGGUUUUUUAUUAUUUGGAAAACACUAAUAUGCAAGAACCAUUAAAAAAAAACAUUAACAUUUUGUUUGUCUUGAAGGUACUUUAUCAGCUUUUUGCUUGACUCCACCGUUGGGUUACUGGUGAUCUACCUUGGGCUCAAAUCAUGUCAGAUCUUAGCUCAUCGCUAUGGGUGGAAAUCUAUAUACUUUGGAGAGUAUGGUAUGCUUCUGACAUUUUCAGCUUGUCACUACACUUCAACUCUCUAUAUAUAACCACUACUAGUCUAAGAAUUAUUAAAGGGGCUGGAGUUGAUACAUCUUUCUUGUUUUAGAGAAAAAUCAAUACACAUUAAUAUAAAUCAAACCUUCCUUUCCACUUGUAGGUGACCCUCCAAAAUGUAAUGCUUGGGUUGGCCAGUGUGCUCUAUACAUUCUAGUCAUGAUUGUUACCAAGUUGCUGAUGACACUUCUAGUACUAUUUAAAUUUUGGACUGAGGUAUGUGUACUGAUGGUGCAUAAUUUUUUUUAUUUAUUUCAAAGCAUCUUUCAAAUUCAAUUGGACAAGUAAAAUUUGUUUGCUGGAAAUUUGUAAGAAAGAAAUUUGUUCAAGUGAAAAUUUUUGGAUAGAAGUUUUUUUUAAAAAUGGAAUCUUGUGGCUGUGGGGAUUUUUUACUUAUUAAUAAGUUUACAUUUUUAAAGUUACAUGCUAUCUUCCCUUAAGAAACAUUUUAAAUAAAUUUAAUAAAAUCUGUUUAACAAAUUUAGGACAAUCAUCAGUUCUCACAAAUUUCUUUCUUGCCGGUACAAAUUUCCGGAUAUUGCAAAAUUUGGAGGUUAUUUAGCUGUGAAAUUAAAGCUUAUGCGUUUGUAGUAAAUCAGAUAGUUAGAAAUUAAACUUAAAGUUUAAUCUUGAAUGAUUACUGAAAGAAGGUUGUAGCAUGAAUGAAAUGUGUUUGAUGAUUGUUGUUAUUUCUCUUAACCAUCUGAGAGUAUUGUACUAUUAUUUUUUUCUGAGUUUGUUUUUAAAAACCCUGUUUUACAUCAGAAAAAUCUACUCAUUUCUUAUGUACCAAAAUAAAAAAGAUGAUUUAUCCCUCUGGUUUUAAUUCAUUUCCUUAAAAUAUUUUAUUCCCUUACAGCUUAAAGUCAUCUUGAAAGUUCCACUGAGAAGUUCUAGUUGAAUCAUUUCAUUAUAAUGUUCCUUUUUUUUUUAUAGUUCUAUUUUUAUUUGGUUCAGGUCCGAAUGUUUAUAAUGGCACCCAUCACUAACCCUGAAGUGGAGAUCGUUCUAGUCAUGUUCCUUGUUCCUCUUGUUGUUAAUGUAAGUUUCUCCCUAAUUAUAUUAUGUUAAAAGAAAACCACACCAGAAAGGCAGCUUAUGCUAAUUUUUAUCUCUUGUUUAUCUAAUUUGGGUUGUAAUAAAGUUAGUAUAUUAUGUUAAAUAUUGUAUUAUGAUCUCUGGUUUAUUCAUAACUUCUACUAAUCUUAUCUAGUAUUGAAGUAAUGCAAUAAGAUCAAAACAGUUAUUUGUUGUUAAUAGUAGUUUACUUUAUUUAACAAAUCUUGAACCAUGAUUAUAUUUUAAGUCAUUGAUGAAUUGCAGGGUGAGGCUUGUUGUCAUAAAACUUGCAUUUUAAGAAAUAGCCUUGAACUUAAAACUUUCUUUUAGAUUGAACUCUUUGUCUCCUGCAGGCCAUAGUUUUCUGGGUUGUGGACAAUUUCCUGAAACACUCCAUACAAAACUCUAAGACAAUAUAUGUGAACUCAGCUUCUGAAGGGAGAGUCAAGUACUUUCAUAAUUCUGAUACUGUCAAAUGUUACAGUCGCAUAGAAAGAUCUGACGACCCAGACUGUGACUUGCUGUUGUCGUCAGAGGAAUCAGAUGUUAGACCUCGGUCUAACGCUACUCAUUCAGACCGUCUUAUCAGAUGAUGAUUUGGGAGAUGUAAUGAACAUUUAGUACUAGCCAACAAACAAGGUAGGGG